UUCUUUUUAAAUCCUCCCAUCCAAACACAAAAUUUCUUAUCCUUUUCAUUCUUUUCUUUUCCAAUCCCCCAAAUCCACCCAUCCAAACGAGGCCUAAGGUUUUAAGAGUGGAUUUGAGUGAAACGAGAGUUUUGUAGAUCACUAUCCUUGCGUUAAACUUGAUAGUUGGGGUUUAAAGCUGGGAAGAAACGGUUUAUUCUUCUCCGGUGAAGGAGCUCAAAGAUGUUUGGAAUAUGCUCCAAAUGCCCACAUCUUACAUUGAUUGAUUGACUCCUCUACGUUCGUGUUUUAAAGGUUUUGGUUUGUAACAGUGGUGAAUUGAUAUUGACUCCCAGAAAGGAACUCUGGAAUUUCGUCAGAAGUGAACCUAAUGCCGGACGGGCUUCUGGAGUUCGCAUGAUGAGAAAGAGGGGAAACUGCAGACGGGGAUCUUGCCUACCACGGUCACACCUCUAUCUACUGCUCAAGGAGCUAUUGCAUGCAAUGAGAUGGUUUAUGUCAAUGGAUACAAAGUGAAGGCUAGUGCCGCAUCUAAACUUGGGGCAAUUUUUGCAAAAUACGGCGACAUUUCUGCUAAUUGUCAGUUCAAGUCAGCGUCUGCGAGGGUUUCCCUGCUUGGGUUUGUUUGUGAUCUUGUUCAGCGGCUGCAAAGCAAUGCCAUUACUCACAUUAUUACUGAGCUUAAAGUUAUAGAAAAUGAAGUAUCGGAUGCAGAGGCGGCCAAACUUGAAGUUUCCUGGCCGCGCGAGCACUUAGCAAAGAUCCAUGUAGUAGAAGAGGUUGGUCAGAGAUCUUCCUUGCACAAGAAUGCAAAAGCAAAUAGCAUCCUUGUCAUUAAAGCAGCCACUAAGGAGUUGGAACAGAGGCAAGUGGAGCUGGUGGCAGCGCAAGAAGGUGUUAAAGAGGCAGAGAAGUGUGUAAAUGCAAUGAAACUUGUAAGCCAAAAGAUUGAUGACACCAUUUUGGAGUCCGAGGCUGAAGAAUAUUUCUGGCGGCGAUGAUUGAAUGGCCUCUUGUAGCUUGUAGGGGCUCUCUCUUGCCAUACACAAGUCACAUAACAAAAGAAGUGAAAUUUUUUAUUCAUCAACAAUGUCACACUUAUCUUUCGAAGCAUAAGUGAAUGAUGGCUUCCCUCAACAAAUACCAAAUGAGUAGUGCUGCUUUGCAACUGCAAUGAACAACUUGAGGUGGGAUGAUUGGAGAGGGAAACUGAGAGUGAAUGCUGAUGUAUCAUUGCCCUUUGCAUUUUGAAGAAUCUCUCUUUAUGGUGGCGAAAAUCGGACCUGUACAUUAAAAUAGCUGUGUCAAGUUACUUAUUGGAGGCAAAAAAAAAAUCUAUCUUAGUGCUAGAAGGGAGAACAAAAUGUUUACUUAUGUAAUAGGAUAUAGUUAGUGUGUGUGUG